ACAAGCUUCAGUCUUGGCUUGCAUUGUUCCAAUUGAUCAAGUUACAAUCUUCAAUCAUCAAUCAUCUAUCGCCAAUCGUUAGUGUGAUUUGGCCUUUAAGAGUAUAUACCAAUCAAGUUCACGAAUUAUAUACAGUUGAAAAACAGCUUCUAUGCUGAACACAGUUAUCGCUUAAAUAUUCCUAAGUAACUUGUAACAACUUCUAGUGAUUGACAUUUUUAAUGUCGAAUCACGUAUAAAAUACGUGUGGACUUGACAAAAGACAAAAAAUGAAGAUGUUACGGUGAUUACAAUCGCUGUUGACGAGUUUGUUGUAAAUAGUAGUUAAAAAUAAAAUAAUAAUAUGUAAAUAUAAUGUUAGGUUAAGUUAAGAUACCCCUUCCAGUCAAUCAUCAGUGUAUGUAUACAUUGCAUUUAUGCAAGCGAAAAUUCCAUCAAAAUACUACAUGCGUUUAAAUUAAUUUUAUUUUAAUUCUAUUAGCAAUUGAGACAAUUAUAAUAUUUAUUACUUAAUUUAUUUAUUAACAUAUGUAUAUAUAUAUUUUUUAUUUGUUAUAACAAUAGUACCUUAUAUAGUAGAAACAUGCUGCAAUAUUUAAUAGUAUAUUAAUAAUGCAAUUGCAAGCGUAUGGCAGACAAGCUCAAUAGCAACACAAAAAAGUUGCGUAAGAAAAGUCAAAUACUACUGGCAAAAGUAGAUGAAGAUUCUAAGAGAGUCGAUACUGAAGUGAAGAAGUUGCGUUCACAAAUAUUAUCUCUUGUAAAUAACCAUAUACGCAGAAGUCAAAGUGAUCACGUAGGAAAAAACGUCAGCUCGUGGAAGCUACGCAACGACUCGAGCGAAAUCAGUGCUGUUUUAUGUCCGGAUUACUACCGCUUUAGUUCGAGACGUGCGACUACAUCGGCACCAGACAUGACAUCUUCUGCAAAACUGACAUUGACAUCUAAGAAACAAUGCGCGAGGAUCGCACCCAGGAAGCCGGUGAAGGAAUGUUACUGUUACACGGAAGUAAACAAGGCGAACUUAAGAUCGAGGAUUAGGCGGAAAGCCUCACCUUGUCGCCAGUGUAGAAGCCAGUUCGAGCUCAAACCAGUUAAAGAAACCGAUGACAGAGCGUCGUUGAUCUCGCCGAUCAGCUGUGAGACAUACAGGAGAGUUCGCAAAAUCGACUACACCCCUAGAUCUCAGUUCCUCCGUAAUGUGCAGACCAGACUCUGCGAAACUUGGCAGAGCGGAGGUCGGGGUGACUGCUCGCAAACAUGUCCUCGGUCAUCAAGCUAUCACAGGGUCAUGGCGGGCGUGAAAGUGCAGAAUGUUGACUCUGAUCGGCAAACGACACUAUUGAAGGAAGCUAAACUCCUCGAGGAACAGAAAUCUCCGGCGAUCCCGAAGGCGCCCGCCAACUCGAUAGCCAGCGAGUCGGAUCGCGAUAACGUCGUCUGCAGUUCGAGCAAGGAAACUCGAACGUCCUCGCGGAGGCGGCCCAAGCCAACGUUGAAGAAGAUGAUCUCCUCCAAAAGACCAAAGUCGAGAUCGCCGGCUCGAAGUGAACGGACGUCGCGAUCGACGCAUGACUACCAUUGUUGUUGUAGAGACGAAUCAGAAGAAACUACGAGAUAUAUUGGAGACAAACGCGAGAAGAAACAUUUACCAAGAUAUCGUGAGCAGAGAAUUCAACGCACACACUCGAGAUACGACGGCGAUCCGGUAGCUGAUGACAUAUCGGCAGACGAUCCUAUCGAUAAAGAAGUAAGAGACCUGAGAAGAUUUCGAGAGCAGAACUACUUCGAGACGCACGGAUCAAGCCACACGUUGGUGUCAUCAAGGUCGUCGGGAUCGUUGGAGCAGUAUCUGCUGAACGAGCGACUAUUUCCGGAGCCGGUGGGCAAGAUCCACAAGCAAGAUUUAGUAGUGACGAUGCCGCCAUGCGCGACGACAGAGAGAAAACGUAUCCAUUACUUCCCCAGGCACGUGGUGCGUCAAGAAAAGAACGUGUACAAUACGAAUUACAGACGGAAACGGCACCAGAGCUGUCCUCUGACCGGCCAUACCAUCGACCUCGGGAUCCUGAAAGCCAAACUGCCAUUAAAUAGCUUAGCGCUCAAAUAUCAAAAGUACUGAAUACAUUAUCAGGCUCUUAAAUGCAUAAUCAAAUUUGGAUUGAAAAAACCAAUAAAAGCCCACACAAGAUAUCGAAACACACUAUAUCCGCGAAUAAGAAACUAAAAAACAUCGAGCGCUCCGGAAAAUCGACAAAACAUUUCGUUCCUCGUUUCGGCCUUCCUUAGAAACGGGAAAAAUAAAUAAUAUAUAAGUAUCGUACAGCAACCUCACGACUUAUGUAGAAUAAUAGCAAGGACUCUCGAUACCUCAAAAAUGGCAUAAUAGUGAUCAGUCAUUCUCAUGUCAUUCUUGAAGUAUCGAAUAUCUUUCCUAUCCUAUUUGUAUCUUCCAUUUGUGGCAAGUCGGUUGCCGUAAAAUACUUAUAUUAUUUAUUGUAUUCAUUUCUAUAUUAAAGAAGGUUAAGAUGAACGAAACAUUUUGUUGAUUUUUUAGAGUGUUCAGUGCCCUAUUUUUUUAUUCUUUUGUGAAUACAAUGUGUUUCGCAAUAUCGACAUCUUACGUAAAUUAACUACGUAAAGUAACUACAUCUUUUUUUCUUUAUAUAUGUUUAAUUAUCAGAAGAGAGGACUCCUUGACGAGACGGAAUGUCCCAAGUGAAUCCCUCCUGUCUCUUUUUGCGACAGACUUUUGCUUCGAUGCACGAAAUAAAAUAACUUUUCUAUCUUGAGACUUGGAAAAAAUAUAAGUUUGUAAUAUAUUUUUUUAUAUGUCUAUACACUUUUAUAAUUAACAAUUUGCAUAAAAGUAAAUUCAUUUUACGUCCCGCAGAGGUGGAUGUAGUUCAAAAAUUCGCGACCAACGUCACAUUCAUCAAACUAUUACUUAUGCGAAUAAAUAAGAUUGUUAUUAAAUUUGUAUUCUCCAUCUGAAGAAAUUGUUCGGCGUUAUUUCGUCAUCUUAUUCAAAAUAUUAAAUACGAUAAGGAAAACUAUAUAUCUGAAUGAAAUAAAUAAACAAGUUAAGCAUGAA